UGUCGAUGAUCUGCCGGCAGAUGCUGUUUUGCGGACUGGGCCCAAUGGAGUGCCGUACCGGCGCGGAGGAGAGCUCCAGCCAAAGUAGACCCAAAGAGACCAGGACAGCUUGCGAUAUCCCCGAGAUGCACCUUUGGGCACCGCGCAAUCGCCCACCAUGUCUGGUUCCUCCAUAUCGAUAGCCAUCGACCCCGUGGCUCUUGUGACUACAGAAUGCAUCACAGUCACCUCUGCUAUGCGCAAACAUGCGCGAUGGGCGCACUCCUCCGUCGCCGCCAUCCUAGGUGGAAGCGGAGCUUCGAGAGUCUACGAGCGUGAUACAUCCGCCGCCUCCAGGGCCCAGAACGGCAAUGCAACAGGGAAGUCGAAUCCGAGGAUUAUGCCGUCAGAAUUGGGCCCAACGACAGUCGAAGGAGACAGUGCAUUUGCCAGUCGAUGGGGUUUGCGGGGAAAGAAAGGCAAGAGCAUGCAAGACAAUCCCUUGAUGGCUGCUUUCACGCGUUUGCGGAGCGAUCUUAAGGGUUGCAAGGACAUUCGCACGUUCGAUACACCGGCAUUAUUGCAUCCAUUUCUCCAGGUUAUUCGCUCUUCUUCCACGUCGGCCCCAAUUACGUCGUUGGCCCUGAUUGCCAUCACGAAGUUCUUCGCCUACAACAUCAUCAACCGCAACUCUCCCAGGCUUUCAAUGGCGAUGCAACUUCUAUCAGCUGCGAUUACACACUGCCGCUUUGAAGCCAGUGACUCUGCAGCGGAUGAGAUUGUUCUCCUACGGAUCUUGAAACUGAUGGAAGGAAUGAUAUCGCGGCCCGAGGGCGAGCUCCUGGGCGAUGAAAGUGUCUGUGAAAUGAUGGAGACCGGUCUCAGUAUGUGCUGCCAGGUCCGCCUGUCAGAAGUCCUUCGCAGAUCGGCGGAGAUGGCCAUGGUGAAUAUGUGCCAAGUCAUCUUCAUGAGGCUUGCCCAUCUGGACGACCGGGAGGAGCUGAGUCCGGACCAAGAAGGACAGAAGACAGACGAGGAGGCGGCUGCGGUCAAGAUGGACCCGUCAGUGGACGGGAACACUGUGACAUCUCAGCAUCUGUCCGCUAUGGGUUCAGAUACGUCUCCUCCGGAGAAAGAGGAGAAGGAGCGUGUGAGCGGAGAAGCGACACCUGAACCUACGACAAAUGGGAAUGCGGUAGCGGCACCACCUGAUCCGCAGGAAGACUCACAGGUUGAGGUGAAACCGUAUUCCUUGCCGUCAAUUCGGGAACUCUUUCGUGUCUUGGUAGACUUGUUGGACCCUCAUAACCGCCAACAUACAGAUGCCAUGCGAGUCAUGGCCCUGAGGAUAAUCGAUGUGGCUCUUGAGGUGGCAGGCCCCUCAAUUGCUAGAAACCCGAGUCUUGCGGUCUUGGCUCAAGAUGAUCUCUGCCGUCAUCUCUUCCAGCUGGUGAGGUCUGAGAGUAUAGCUAUCCUGACAGGCUCACUACGAGUAGCGGGAACGCUGCUGUCGACUUGCCGCCCAGUCCUGAAGCUUCAGCAAGAGGUCUAUCUGUCAUAUCUCGUCGCAUGUCUCCAUCCUCGAGUUGAUAUUCCGAGGGAGCCCGGGAUCGACCCGUCACUCUACGAUGGAGUCCCGCAGGCGCCUAAAUUGGUGAAGCCGUCCCCAUCACAGACCAGUAGUGGCAGAUCCACGCCGAUUCCCGUGAAGGAUCGACAGAAGCUCGGACUCGAAGGUGGUUCUAGGAGGCCUGAAGCCAGAGAAGCUAUGGUUGAGAGCAUUGGGGUCUUAGCUCGGAUCCCAACCUUCAUGGUUGAGCUCUUUGUCAAUUAUGACUGUCAGGUGGACAGAGCAGAUCUGUGUGAGGAUAUGGUUGGGCUUCUGUCUCGAAACGCCUUCCCCGAUUCCGCCACAUGGAGCACGACGAAUGUGCCUCCUCUUUGCCUGGAUUCUCUUUUGGGUUAUAUCCAAUUCAUCUCGGACAGACUCGAGGAUGAACCGAAAUUCGAAGGCUAUCCUGAUCCGGAACGUCUGAGACGUCAACGGGAAAAGAAAAAGAUUAUCAUCAAGGGUGCAACGAAGUUCAACGAGGACCCCAAGGCAGGAAUCGCCUAUUUAGCAUCGCAAGGGAUAAUAGAAAACCCCGACGACCCAACUUUGGUCGCAGGGUUCCUGAAAGGGACGGCCCGCAUAUCGAAAAAGAUUCUAGGAGAAUUCAUCUCCAAGAGGAACAACGAAGAGUUAUUGGAUGCGUUCGUUGAGUUAUUUGAUUUCUCCGGCAAGACUGUCGUCGAUGCUCUCAGAGAGCUACUUGGAUCUUUCCGCUUGCCAGGUGAAGCUCCUUUGAUCUCUCGGAUCGUAACUACAUUUUCCGAGAAAUACAUGGCAAAAGCCAACCCCGAAGGCGUGGCUGAUAAGGAUGCACUCUUUGUUCUGACGUACGCCAUUAUCAUGCUAAACACAGACCUAUACAAUCCAAACGUGAAGUCUCAAAACCGCAUGACAUAUAUUGACUUCUCGAAGAACCUGCGGGGUGUUAACGGCGGCGGGGAUUUCGCGCCGGAAUUCCUCCAAGAAAUUUACGACUCCAUCAAGCAGAACGAGAUCAUCUUGCCUGACGAGCAUGAGAGCAAAGAUGCGUUCGAAUAUGCUUGGAAGGAACUUUUGCUAAAAACAGAGUCGGCGGGAGAAUUGAUAGUCUGCAACACCAACAUCUAUGAUGCUGAGAUGUUCGAGGCGACUUGGAAACCUGUCGUAGCCACCCUCUCUUAUGUUUUCAUGUCAGCGUCUGAUGAUGCAGUUUUCUCGAGGGUAGUUAUGGGCUUUGACCAAUGCGCCCAAAUAGCUGCUAAGUACGGCUUGACUGAGGCGUUUGAUCGCAUAAUCUACUGUCUCAGCUCUAUCAGCACGCUUGCGACUGAUACGCCGUCUAAUACAUCUUUGAAUACAGAAGUCCAGGCAGGAAAGAAGAGCGUCAUGGUGAGCGAGCUUGCGGUCAAGUUUGGUCGGGACUUCAGAGCACAGUUAGCCACUGUCGUUCUGUUUCGUGUGCUUGCUGGAAACGAGCCCAUUGUUCGACAAAGCUGGAAAUAUGUCAUCCGAAUCCUUACGAACUUAUUCAUCAACUCCCUCAUACCGCCGCUCGACGAUAGCGUCAAUGCCAUGCUGGAUGUUCCCCCAAUCCCUCUGCAACCGCCCUCUCAAGUAGUUGAACGAGAUAAUCGUUCGAGCGAAGCGGGACUUUUGUCUGCAUUCACGUCAUACCUGUCGAGCUAUGCGGCUGAUGAUCCCCCUGAGCCCUCUGAUGAGGAACUGGACAACACUUUGUGUACAGUUGACUGUGUCAGCGCGUGUUCCAUAGGGAAUAUAUUGGCCAAUAUGAAGACGCUUCCAUUGUCUUCGUUGACUGCACUGACCGAUGCUUUAUUAUCGGAGUUGCCUGACGAGUCCCCAGCUGUUAUUGUUGUGAAACCAGAGCGCCCAACCUCUAGUGCAUCCCGUUUCUCUACGGGCAAACCCAAUACUGACGGUCCUAUCUACAAUCCUAACAUGGUUUACAUUCUGGAAUUGGCAACGCUCCUGUCUUUGCGUGAUGAUGAAACAAUGCAAGCCAUAGGUGAAAACGUGGCGGGCUCACUACGAGACAUCGUACGAGAUAGCCAGAACUUCCACCCCCUGGUGAUUUCGCGGGUUGUGAGUUAUCUCUUGAGCCUUUUACGUGUGGGCUAUGAACAACCCUUCAUGCGUGUGCCUGUUGUUCUUCACUGCAUGUCAAGUUUCGACCAGGAUAUGUUGGAGCGUUGUGCGGUACCUAUUGUCAAGGGCCUUUCGCGGUGCAUUGGAAGUUCUACUGCUCUGAGGAACGUGCUCACAAUAUCCCCGGAUUUCUGGUCUAUCCUACAGAGGCUGCAUCAGCAUGAUGAGUCUGCGGGCCUGGUCUUCGAACUGCUCCAGACCAUUGUCGACUCGACCCCACCAACAAUAACUGCUGAUAAUUUUGAAUCUGCUGUUGCACUUGCCAAUGAUUUCGCGAGUGCAGGCAGCGUAGGUGCUAUUGAGGAGCGCCAGAGGGACGCUCUAGCACGACGUUCCAAAGUCAAACAGGUCAAAGCCAGUGAAAAUAAAACAGUAACGCGAGGUGUAAAAGCGAUAGGCCUCAUCUAUCAGAUGACAAGUCGGGUGCCCUCGCUCAUCCAACAAUCCCAUCUCGAAAAGAGCGAAGCUUGGGCGGCAUACUGGUCCCCUAUUUUCCACUCUCUGACAACACAGUGUAUCAAUCCCUGUCGUGAUGUCAGACAUCAUGCGGUGUCAGCUCUGCAACGGUGUCUGCUGUCCCUCGACCUUGCUUCAACCGAUCACAAGGAAUGGACCGCUGUGUUCGAUGAAGUGCUUUUCCCACUUAUCCUGCGACUCCUCAAACCAGAGGUGUACCACUCAGAUCCCAUCGGAAUGAGUGAAACUCGUGUGCAAGCAGCGACGCUUGUGUGCAAGAUCUAUCUCCGCUAUCUUGAUCAGCUGCCCGAACGGGACGGGCUGCUAGACAUGUGGGUGAAGAUUUUGGAUAUUCUGGAUAGGAUGAUGAACAGCGGACAAGGAGAUAGUCUUGAGGAAGCGAUUCCCGAAAGCCUCAAGAAUAUACUCCUCGUCAUGGCCGAUGGAGGAUAUCUUGCUCCACCAUACCAGGAUCCCACCAAAGAGAAGAUCUGGACCGAGACGCGAAAGCGAUUGGAUCGGUUCCUUCCUCAUCUCUUUACGGAAAUAUUUCCGGAGUCCAGAGAGAGGUCGGCGCCGGGGUCAGCUCUGGGCUCACCUCUCCCAGUCCCAGACAAGACCAGCGACGAUAGAGGCCACGAACAAACUGACUCACCUACCGCUCCAGUUCCUGCAGAUACCCAACCAAUGGCGGUCGAAAGCGAGGUGGACUAAACGCAUUAGCAUUUCUUGGGAUGACCUUUUUUUCUCUUCAUUCUUUCUUUAUCCUUGAUGGGAUUACUUUCAGCAUAGCCGGUCUCUGUAAAUUAUUUGCUGUGCGUAUGCUGUGCCGUCUACAUGCAAUGUCUGGCUCAGGGCGAAUUCUGUUGAGAAUUAACGCCAUAAUAUUAUAUUCAGAGGCCAUUUGGUUUGAUGCAGGCACAUACAACCUUUUCAUUUCGCAUGGAUUUUAGACUGUUUAUACAGUAUAGAACUAUGUGAUAAAACGGCUCAAUAUAAUUAGCUGCAAGUGGCAACUCUCGAUUAUAUAUGCUUG